GGUAUCCCCAAUUGAUCAUGCAACCGGCUUCCUUCCUACUCAUGCUCAUUGCUGUGUCUGUCGUGGUGGAUUGUGCUCCGAGGCUCCGGGAUCCAGAGCGGCUUUCACAACAUCAGCCGAGCAGCUUCAACACAGGAGAUCAUGCAGAGGCACCUGCUGGUACGAGGCCCUUCGCGGUGGAGCUGAGUGGAUCAAAGAGAAAAGGCAUCCACAGAGCCUUUCUGGUCAUACUGCCGCUACGAACAGAUACCAGCAACUUUGUGUCAAUAUUUGAUUUGAGAAGAAAGCGUUUCAUCUGCAUGGACGGAGAGGGAGAGCUGUACAACUCUAGACAGAGGGAGGGAGAAGAAUGUCUCUUUCAGCGCAUUUGGUUAGAUUUGGAGAAUCACCGUGACGUCUUUUACUCUACAAGUGGGGAUCGACUGCUCCAGCUCAAAGCAGCCGAGCUGCCAGUUUCUCACCAGGAGCCACAUGAACCUCCGUCAUCCCUGGUGCAGAGGAUCCGGGGUAGCUCAGCUAAGAGACGGAGGAGGAGUGGGGAGGUGAAUCCCUCAGCUCCAUUACAGAAUCCUUCACAUUCAGCAAAGGAUCACAGGGACACAGAUCACAGGCAGCCUGAACAGGACCAAACUGGAGCUGUGUCCAAAGAGACCAUCACGUCUUUUGAUGACCCCCUGCGGGUUUUACAGCCCAACGUGCCCGUCAGCCCAGUAAAGAAUAAUAUAGCAGAAAGGGCAAAACAAGACUAAGACACUGACUCUGAUUUAUAUAUAUAUAUAUGCAAACUCAAGAGGCACUGUAAGUUUGUUACGAAAACUCGCUCAUGUGUGACUGCAAAUUGGGAGAACUCACACUUUACACCUUGUUUGACAUCAGUGAGGCCACAGAAUGACUCACAGUACAGUCGAGUCAAAGCGACUCCAAAGAGUUGAUGUUAUCUGCUGAUGAACAUGAAAACAUUUAAUACUUUACAACUUUGGGAUACAGUUUUCUAGAAGUGGUUUUCGUGGAGUCCUUGUGGUUGGUAAUGGACUCCAUGUUACAUCACAGCAGCCUUUUGUUUGAGUAGCUCAUGAGGGCUACAUUUGGCAACAUUUGACAUAGUCAGGCAGGUAGUUUGGUCCAGUGUCCCGCUGUCCUUUAACCUCCUUAGUUGGUUAAAUUUUAAACCCAAGGGCCAG